AUGAAGACGCCAGCUGCGCCCUCCAGAAGUCUCCUGCGUUUCCUGCGAUCCCAGUCCAAUUCUGUCUUUGCCCACACCACUCAAUCCCCCCGGUCACCAACACCAAGGACACAUCUGCAGCCCUGUCGUUACUUAUCUCCGUCUUCUUCCCUGCCCUCUCGAAAUCAAUCAAAUUCACUGGACGAAUCAUGGCACCGAUAUUGUGAACCGUGCAAGGCACUACCUCCGCCGAGAUGUACUCCUCCCAAGCCUCCGCAGACCCGAAAUGUCAGUACCGGUCGCCAUACCUCAAGUUUCUGGCGGCGUUGGUUACGCCACAGAGAGGCUGCUGUGCGUUCCAGGCUCCCGUCGGAUGUGCCUCCUGGACCUUCUAGCUACGACGAGACCUCCGCUCAACUUUUCAAUCUCUCCCGAACCCUUUCGAGAAGUCCGACCGGAGCAGAUCUAAAACUCCGCUGUACUGAAUUCGAUGCGAAUGGCUCUGUUACACUGGUAUCAGGCGAAUUCAAGAAAUCAGAAUUGAUCGCGAAAUACGGCCUUCUUCCUCGCGAUCUCCGGAAGAUAGAUUCCUCUGUCCUCCCUCAUAUCCUGGUUCGACCCGCCGCAAUCCUCAUCAACCUCCUCCAUCUUCGAGUUCUGAUCCAGUCCGAUAGAGUUCUUGUUUUUGAUGCAUAUGGGAGCACAGAUUCCUACACACAAUCCUUGUUUAUGUAUGACCUGGAGGGCAAGCUGCGGCAAAAGCCAGACCCGAGGAAUGGUUCAACAUACCUCCCGUACGAGUUGAGAGCCCUCGAGGCUGUCCUGAUCUCUGUCACGUCGGGUCUCGAAGCAGAAUUCGCGCUCGUCCGAGACCCAGUCACACAUAUUCUUAGGGAACUUGAAGAGGACAUCGAUCGAGAUAAGUUGAGACAUUUGCUUAUUCACUCUAAAAAGCUGGGUACAUUCGAGCAAAAGGCUCGACUUGUUCGGGAUGCCAUUGACGACCUCCUUGAUGCUGAUGAUGAUCUUGCUGCCAUGUACUUGACAGAACGGAAGGCCACCGGAAAACCCAGAGCGGAGAAUGACCAUCAGGAAGUCGAAAUGUUGUUGGAAGCGUAUCACAAGAUUUGCGACGAAAUCGUCGAGAUAUCCGGCAACCUGAUAAGCAACAUCAGGAACACCGAAGAAGUCGUCAAGGCCAUCCUCGACGCCAACCGCAAUCAACUCAUGUUGCUCGAAAUUAAAUUUAGUGUUGGAACUUUGGGCCUCGCCAGUGGUACUCUUGUCGCUGGGCUCUACGGCAUGAACCUGAGGAAUUUCAUUGAAGAAUCCGACUUGGCAUUUGCAGGGGUCAGUGCCCUCUGUUUCGCCCUAUCUACAAUCAUCUGCGUUUAUGGCAUGCGUAAAUUGCGCAAGGUCCAGAAGGUGCGCAUGUGGGGCGAAGGACUGGACCAUUUUGGGCACCGCGAAAGGGCAACCAGUCGGGCAAAUUGGCGCAAUGAGGCCGUUGAAAGCCAGGCCCAGCGGAUAGCAAAAUUGAAAGCUAGGGGGUAUAUUGGUGGAAAUACCCCUUACUCGGGGCCUGUACUCUGGCCGGGUAUGGAUGGUUUGGGAAUGCAUAAGCUCAACGUCGAAGCGGAGAAUGAUUCGCGAAACAAUGGACUCGAUGCCAACAGCGACGCGGAUACGAUCUCUCAGUCCCCUCAAAUGACGAUUCAUGAGGACGUGGAGAACAUCGAAGCAAAGAUGAAAGCAGAUGCAAAGAAACCGAAAGCUCUGGCAAAGAAGGAUCACAUCCAGACGCAUCCCCAUUGGAGAAAAUAA